CCGAUCGCGAGGACGAGAACACGCACAAGUCAAGUCCCCCAAACCUGCAGAUCAGUGAUCCUACCAUCAUCCUUGGCGUUCAAACUCCCAACUCGUGAUCAUACUACGAGCUGCAAGUAGUAUUGCCAUGGCUGCGCCGGCCACCUUCGUCGUGGUGGUCGCCUUGGUGGCGGCUGCUCUCUGCGGCGGCGUCUGCCGGGCGCAGGACAUGGACAACGAGUGGGCACGGUACCGCGGGUUCUUCGGCGGCGGCGGCACGCUGCUGCCACAAUCGGACGUGGACCUGCUGGAGUUCCCGCUGAACCUCGAGUACCUGGAGGCGGAGUUCUUCUGCUGGUCGGCGCUGGGCUACGGCCUCGAUGGCAUCGACGUCAACCUCACCGGCGGCGGCCCGCAUCCCAUCGGUGGCCAGACCGCCGCCCUCACCCCCUUCGUCCGAGACGUCGCCACACAGUUCUGCUACCAAGAAGUUGGCCACCUCAGGGCGAUCAAGCAGAACGUGAGGGGAUUCCCGCGGCCGCAGCUGGACAUCAGCGCGACCAACAUCGGCAAGAUCGUGGAGCAGGCGAUGAACACGACGCUGGACCCGCCCUUCAACCCCUACGAGAACAGCCUCAACUUCCUCAUCGCCUCCUACAUCAUCCCGUACGUCGGCCUGACCGGCUACGUCGGCGCCAACCCCAAGCUCCUCACUCCCCAGGCCAGAAGGCUGGUGGCGGGACUGCUGGGCGUGGAAUCCGCACAGGACGCGGUGAUCCGGGCCCUGCUGUACGAGCGCGGACUGUCGCGGGUGGCGAGCUAUGGUGUUGGUGUGGCGGAGGUGACCGCGCACAUCUCCGAGCUGCGGAACGAGCUUGGGAGGAGGGGGGUGAAGGACGAGGGGCUAGUGGUGGCGCCGGGUGAGGGGCCCGAGGGGCAGACCGUGGGGAACAUCAUCGCCGGCGACCGCUACUCGCUCGCUUACGAUCGCACGCCCGAGGAGAUCCUCGGCAUCGUGUACGGCACCGGAAGCCCCGCCCAGGCCGGCGGCUUCUUUCCCCAGGGCGCUGACGGCCGCAUAGCCAGGGGGCUCCUCAUGUAGACGAUCAAUCGACGGACAUAUAUACAACUGGAGUGUUGUUCUCGAUCGCAAGUUGUAGACUAUAUGCAUCAUACAUGUGUGUGUGUGUGUGUGUGUGUCUUGUCCUUAUGGAUGCUAAUAAUCAAUAAAAGGACCUAUGCAAUAGGCAAAAUGUUUUCCCAUCA